AUGGCUGAUCAGUGUGAUCUGUGUCUGCUGGAACUGAUCAUUCUCUGUUCACUUCUCACAGGUACAACUGGAGCAGAAGUGACUGAUGUGUUCAUCAGUUCUGGUGAAAAUGUCCGUCUGCCCUGUAACAAUGCUCUUUCUGACUGUACAACAACUACAUGGAUCUAUAACAGAUUCAGACAUUCAUGGAUAGUUGAAAUGAUUACUUUAGGGAAAAAGAAGAAAGACACAGAGAGUCAUAAGAGACUGAGUCUGGGGUCUGACUGCUCUCUGAACAUCAAGAACGUCACAAAAGAUGAUUCUGGAUUUUACAACUGCCAACAAUAUGUGAAUGGACAAAAACAAGGAACUGAUGCACGUGUUAAUCUGCAUGUUCUUCAUGUCUCUCCAUCAUCAUCAUCACAGACUGAGAUCAUUCCUGGUCGCUCUGUGACUCUCUCCUGUCAGUUGUAUUCAGUCUCUUGUGAUGAUUGGGUCUGUUCUGAGGGACUUGAGCUGUCAUGGGUGAAUCAGGCUGGUGUUGAUCUAAAGACAGACUCCAGAUAUCAGAUAUCAGCUCCAGAUCGCUGUAUCAUCAGUCUGACUACAACACUCCUGAAUGAAGAUGACAACAGAGAGUGGAGAUGUCAGCUUACUCAAAGAGAUCAAGUCAAGACCUCAGCCAGAUACACUGGCAAGAAUUCAGGUACGGUUGGAGCAGAAGUCACUGAUGUGUUCAUCAGUUCUGGUGAAAAUGUCCGUCUGUCCUGUAAUAAUGCUCUUUCUGACUGCAACUCAACUACAUGGAUCCAUAGCAGAUUCAGAGAUUCAUGGAUAGUUGAAAUGAUUACUUUAUGGAAAAAGAAUGAAGACACAGAGAGACAUGAGAGACUGAGUCUGGGGUCUGACUGCUCUCUGAACAUCAAGCACGUCACACAAGAUGAUUAUGGAUUUUACACCUGUCAAAAAUAUGCGAAUGGACAACAAGAAACUGAUGCACGUGUUUAUCUGCAUGUUCUUCAUGUUUCAGUCUCUCCAUCAUCAUCAUCAUCAUCAUCAUCACCAUCAUCACAGACUGAGAUGAGUCCAGACCGCUCUGUGACUCUCUCCUGUCAGUUGUAUUCAGUUUCCUGUGAUGAUUGGGUCUGUUCUGAGGGACUUCAUCUGUUCUGGGUGAAUCAGGCUGGUGUUGAUCUGAAGACAGACUCCAGAUAUCAGAUAUCAGCUCCAGAUCACUGUAUCAUCAAUCUGACUACAACACUCCUGAAUGAAGAUGACAACAGAGAGUGGAGAUGUCAGCUUACUCACAGAAAUCAACUCAAGGCCUCAGCCAGAUACACUGGUAAGAAUUCAGGUGCGAAACGUCUCAGGUUACGUAUGUAACCAUGGUUCCCUGAGAACAGGGAACGAGACACUGCAUUUGAAACGCAUAUGAGGAACCUCUCUUCGUGAACUGGUGUCUGAAUACAAUAUCAACUCACAA